AGAGAAAUUUAUCAAUAGUAAUUAAUUUUUUGUUUUCAUAAAAAUUUGAAUACCGGGAAAUUAUUGAGAAUUGAAAUCGAAGAGAGGAAUCAGUGGUUUCUCACUGGAGAAUGUACCUCUUAGUGUCUUUCGAUGUGGAACUUUGAGAGAAAGGUGACGUCGAGUUUUGAUCUCGAUCUGAUGCGGCAUCGGUAGCUUCGUCAAUUUUUCAACAGUUCCAAGUUUCAAAGUUUUCAGUUCUCUCUCAAGUUCAUCAGUUGAGUUUCGCCGAGUUUUGUUUAUCAUUGUGCGAUUUAAGUUGUUCAGUGUGGAUUAAUAAACAGCAAGUUUUUGAAGUUUGACGAAAACCGUAUAUUACUACUUGUUAUAUCGUGCAGUGACUAUUUUUUUCCAAGGUUUUUCUAUCAAAGACAGAACGUCUCACUAAUUGAGAUUAAAAAUGGUAUCAGCAGCAGCGGAAUUAGUGGUAGAACGAGAACCUGAGCCGCUAUUAAAAAUGCAAGACACAAAUCGGACAUUCGUAGGGGCAGAGGGCCUUGUCCGUAUGGCCUUGGAACAGUACACAGAAAUUCUAGAGACAGCAUCAGACCCAAGAGUCAGUGACUGGCCCCUGAUGGACUCACCAAUUCCUACAUUCCUAAUCGUUGUACUUUAUCUUUACGGGGUCACUCUCCUGGGUCCAAGGAUGAUGGCAAACAAAAAGCCUUAUCGACUCAAAACUGUACUUGUCGCUUAUAAUGCCUUUCAAGUUAUUUUCUCACUCGGAAUGCUUUACGAGCAUUUAAUGUCUGGUUGGCUCUCAGACUACAGUUACAAAUGUCAGCCAGUUGAUUACUCCCACAAUCCAACAGCAAUGCGAAUGGCUAACCUGUGCUGGUGGUACUUCAUCAGCAAAUUCACGGAAUUCGCUGACACGAUAUUUUUCGUACUGCGCAAGAAGGAUAGUCAAGUGACGUUUUUGCAUCUAUAUCAUCACUCGUUGACGCCACUUGAGACCUGGAUAUGCGUUAAAUUUAUUGCCGGUGGCCAUGGUACUCUCGGCAAUCUUAUAAACAAUGCUGUACACGUAGUGAUGUAUGCUUACUAUAUGCUAUCAGCAAUGGGACCGGAGUACCAGAAAUAUCUCUGGUGGAAGAAACAUUUGACCACUGUACAACUGGUGCAAUUCUUCUUAGUAUUUGUCCACAGUGCUCAAGCCCUGGUUUUUGACUGUGGCUACCCAAAAUUAGUGGCAGCAUUACUUCUCCUCCACUCAACGAUAUUCUUCGUACUGUUCUCCGACUUCUAUCUCCGUGCUUAUCGCAAAACAACAACAUUCGUGAAACAACAAAAAAGUGAAUAAAUUGAUUGUACAAAGACAAAGACAACGGACAAACAAGAAAAAAUAUUAAUGAAAAUAUAGUUAAAGAAAUGUCCGCAUUUCCUUUGACGUGCCAACUUCAUGUUACGAUACUUUCCCUCUUCGAUGGAGAGCGAUCAGUAUUUUAUUGUCUCCUGCUUUUUUAAGACUCCUGAAUGUUGAUUCGUUCAGCGAACAGUUAAUUAGUUGAUGAUUUUACAUUAUCAUUCACUCGUGUUCUAGAAUUUUUCAAUUUCCAAAUUUCAUUCCCGGUGAAAUUGUCCUCAACAUUAUUCAUCAUAUGCACGAUAUAAUGUAAAUUGUUAAUCCUUCAUUGUACCCAGUUUUAUUGUGGCACUUUAUGACUGUAAAUAAUUAUGCUCAAUAUAUAUUUUAUAAUUUUAAGUA